AUGGCAAUGGCUUUCAUGGCAGCUACUGGCCGCCCUACGUCGCAGCACGACGCCAUCCUUGAGAUCACGCUCCACAACCCUGUCUCCGACGUCAACACCUGGAGCCAGGACAUCCAAGUCGGCAUGACGGAUAUUGUACGACGACUCCAGGCAGACAACGAGACCACGAUGGUAAUAUUCAAGAGUGACGUUCCUCGCUUCUUCAUGAACCACCUGGAUCCGCAAAUCCUCACCAUUGACAAUGCCGUGGAGAACUUUUCAGCUCUCAUGUACAAUAUCUCGAUGCUGCCUCAGAUCACCAUUGGUGCCGUGGAGGGCCGUGCGCGGAAUGCCGGCAACGAGCUGCUCAUGGCACUAGACAUGCGCUUUGCCGUCCAGCACGACGUUCUCCUUGGUCAUUUCGAGGUCGGCCUGGGGACGUUCCCCGGCGGCGGCGGCAGUCAGCAACUGCCACGGCUCAUUGGACGCGGCCUGGCCAUGGAGUACAUCCUCACGGCCAAGGACAUCACCCCCAAAGAGGCAGAGAAGAUCGGCUGGAUCAACAAGGCGUUUGGGUCCGCGAAAGAGAUGUACGACCACAUUGAUGAGAUUACCUCACGCCUCACCCUGUUCCCUCGCGCGGGUAUCCUUGCGGGUAAGCAAGCGAUCAACCUUCGCGCCAACCCCUCGCGCGCAGACUACGAGCACGACGUCAAUCUCUUCAAUCCAUUGCUUGCGAACCCAGAUUUUCCGCAGAUCCUCAGUCGAGUGUUGGAACUGACGAAUAAUGUCACCCUCGGCAAGGUCGAACUGAACUUUGGAAGGGAGGUGGUCCGGAUCUACGAGUAGGAGGCUAGAGGAGGGCGAGGACUCGGGACUGGAACUGAGGACUCAGGAGGCAGGGUCUACGCUGCGAUGGUGGAAAGAUCCCUUGCAUGUACUAGUGACUGUCUUGUACAUACCAAAUGGAAAGCCAAGCAUCAUGUGGC